CGCCAGGGGCCCGCCAAUCAACCCACUGUCUUCCCCUCACCUCAUCCCACAUCAACACAACAACAACAACCUACCUCCUUACUAUAGGUAACCAUGGAAGACAUCUUAAUCGUAGGAGCAGGCGUCUUUGGCGUCAGCACCGCCUACCAUCUAGCAACCACACACCCAGGCCCCAUCCGAAUCACCCUCCUCGACCGUUCUCCCCCGCCGUCCACCCGCGCCGCUUCCAACGAUGUCAACCGCAUCAUCCGCGCCGACUACUCUAGUAAGCUCUACAUGGAGCUAGGUUUUGAAGCCAUCGAAGCCUGGAAGACACUUCCAUUUUUUCAAGGCACUGGCGUGUACCAACAGAGCGGGUGGAUUGCGAUGGACGAAAAAGGUAGCGAUGUGCCGGUGCGCAUAAGGGAGAAUUUCCGCGCGCUGAACCGCGACGAGGUCAUUCUUGACAUGGAGGAGGGAGAGGUCCGCAGGAGCUGGGGUGGUCUUUUGGCUCGGACGGACUGCGAACCGUUUGGAUCGUACUACUAUAAUCCAUCGGCCGGGUGGGCUGAUGCGGGGAAGGGACUGAGUAUUAUGGCUGAGGAGGCGGUGCGGAGGGGUGUGCGGUAUGAAGUUGGGGAGGUGCGUCGGGUACUGCUGGGGGAGAAUGGAGUGCGAGGAGUGGAAACGGAGACGGGCGAGGUGUAUAUGGCAGAUAAGGUGCUUUUGGCUACCGGGGCGUGGACGAGCUAUUUGAUGUCGGCGGUUGAGGAUGAACUCAGGAUGCGUGAUGAGGAGCGGAUUGAGAGGCAGAUCUCGGCGGCAGGAGUAUGUGUUGCGUACUUCCAGCUUUCCGAAGCGGAAAAGAAACAGUACUCGCAGCUACCAGUGUUUGUGUAUGGUGGACAAGGCGAGGUGAUACCCCCGACGACAUCCGGGGAACUCAAGUUCACCAUCGCCACCUCGUUCAAAAACACCAUCAAGACGCCUUCCGGUCAUGAGAUAUCAGUCCCUGCCGCUCACUCAGUCGAUGUACCACAGGAUCUCAAAGACGACUGCGUCUUUAGCGUCAAGAAACGCCUUCCACAGCUUCUGGAUCAUGGUCGACAUCCAGAUCGAUAUCGAAUAUUCUGGGAUGCCAUCUCCCCAGCCCAGCAGCCAUUAAUUACGCGACAUCCAGACCCUCGACUGUCUAAUUUGUAUUUCAGCGUGGGAGGGUCGUUCCACUGCUACAAGUUCCUUCCUGUUAUUGGGAAGUAUGUGGCCAAUGUGCUUAACGGGGUGGGAAAUGGAAUGGAAAAGGAUCAGGCGUGGUCGUGGAAGCCUACUGAGGGAGGAGAGCGUGGUGUGCAUGAGAGUCUGGUCCCAAAAAGAGAGUUGAGAGAUUUUGUAUGACCUUGCAUGACUGUUUUGAGUGAAAAUUGAUGUCACAGUUCUCAAUGUCCAUCAUUGAGUUUUGUUGGUUUUGAUGUUCUCUGCGACUUUGCUUUCUCAUUCACUGCUGCAUUCCUUCAUUCUGACUUGGUAUAUCAUGAGCUUGCUCUUGUUUCUACGUAGUUAUUUUGAGCUCCUCUAUAUUUACCACUCUUUGUGUAGGCUUACUUCAAUAUCUCCUACUCCUCUCUUUCUACCCUGUGUUUGCUUCAAAUAUACGAACUGCCUUUUGAUUUUGAAGACGUGCUAGUCAU